UCCAUAGAAAUGAGUGGGGAUGCCAUCUUUAAAGAGCAGGCUUGCUGUGUCUACUUUAAAAGUCUAUGGUGAAAACCUACUAACGCUUCUAGACGUGAAGGACAUUUGGAAAAGGAAGAUAGAAAUAAGAAGACAACUGACAUGCUAAAUUGUAAGAAUGAAAGACUUGCAGAGGGCACCAAAAGACGAAGGAUCUGAAAAGCAUGGGAGUCACAGAGCACCAUGCAGGUUAAGGGUGAAUAAUAUAUUUGUUCGUGUGGGACUUGCAGAGACUCUCAGCACUUAUGUCAUGAUGGUAUUUGGCUUGGGCUCUGUAGCACAGGUAGUGACAGGACAAGGAGCGUUCGGGGAAUACCUCAGUAUCAACUUGGGGUUUGGCCUGGGCGUGGCUAUGGGAGUGCACAUUGGCGGGAGGAUCUCUGGAGCCCAUAUGAAUGCAGCUGUAUCAUUUACCAUGUGUUUAUUUGGCCGACUCAGUUGGAAGAUGCUGCCUCUGUACAUCCUCACUCAGUUCAUUGGUUCAUUCUUAGCAGCUGGAACUGUUUAUACUCUUUACUAUGAUGCCAUUUAUCACUAUUGUGAAGGGAAUUUUACUGUCACUGGACCCAAAGCCACAGCGGGGAUCUUUUCCACCUACCCAGCACAUUAUCUCUCAUUACAUGCUGGAUUCCUUGACCAAGUGUUGGGCACUGCCAUGCUGUUGCUGUGUCUGAUGGCUUUAUUGGACCAGAAGAACCAGCCAGCUUCUUCCGGUGGAGAACCUAUAGCAGUGGGGCUACUGGUACUCCUUGUAGGGAUCUCCCUGGGCAGUAACAGUGGCUAUGCCAUCAACCCCACUAGGGACCUCGGGCCCAGAAUCUUCACUGCGAUUGCAGGUUGGGGGCAAGAAGUAUUCAGGGCGGGUAAGGGUUGGUGGUGGGUACCUGUUGUAGCCCCACUAGUGGGUGGAGUAAUAGGUGCGGCCAUCUACAAAGUGUUUGUGGAACUGCAUCACCCUCCCAGCCAUAACCAGAGGGAGCUAGUGGAACAGGAAGAGGCUGCCCCUCUGAAGCAGAAGAGCAUUUGCACCGAAGUGUGUGUGUAAGAUUUUGUUUAGUGUGUGUGAAGAAACAGAAGAAUCCAGAAGAAACACUCCAAAACUAAUGAAGGAACACAAACAACAGGAGAGAAUGAGAUUUAAUGUCAUUGACAUAUGUCCUGGCAAUUCUCCUGUUUAAGCAUUUUUUUGUCUUUGAUCUAAUGUUGCAGAAAGACCUAAAACAGUAUGUAGUGAACCAACAUUUCCCUUAAAGCACAGCAAAGACCGUUACUUAACUACAAUAUAUGUAUUACAGACGCAAUGAAUAAAUCAAGAAGAGCAAAUAAUUUGGAUUGUGUUGAUGGGACUCGACCAAUGAUAAUCCAAUUCCCCAAGGCUACCUUACAAAUCUGUGGGAGCUCAUAGAAAAAAACAUGUGCCAAC